UAAAAACUACACACCCACUUACACCGCCUUUAUUACUAUUCAUGAGGUUGUGGCUAUUUCCAUUAUUUAGAAAACGUUUCGCUAUAAAGCUCUGACAUUUAACCAGCAUGUUAUUAUCUUCAUUAAUAUGAGCUUUGGUGAAUUUUAGUUUGAUUAUUCUCGGCCUGGUGAAUGCGAGUUUAAAAACCCUUGUGUGUGGAGAGCCAGCGACUAGUGUGUUCGAUAAGCUAGCCGUCGUCACAACAGUUUGCACAGUCUGGAAUUUAAUACUACAGAGUUGGCAUCGAAAUGGCAUCAUUAGCAGCAGAGCAUGAGCCAGGAAUAACACCGGGCUCUGGAGCUCUGGCUGACGCUUUAGUUCCCGCGAGUAUAUUUGCUCCAGACCGGGGAGGAUGUGGGGAAGAGGACGGCGACGAGUGCCUCGAGGACGAGGACAUGACCAAUGGCAAACCCGAGGAUCGAAGGAUUGAUUGCAGCAGCAAGCUGGCGCUUGUAAGCCCAAACGGGGAGCAGUAUGAUUCGUUACUCCGACAGCUUCGGGACAGGAUGGAGGACGGCUGUGGGGAAACCAUCUAUGUGGUUGGAAUGGGUUCCGAUGGCGGUGACUGGGGUCUGGAUGAGAAAGACAUGGAAGCCUCCGUUGCCACAAUACACUCAAUGUGUGAGCAGCUGGACUCUGACCUCAUCCCUCUCAGAGAGCGCACCGAGGCUGCUGGGAUGGUGGUCGACUAUCUGAUUCGGAGGCGUGUGGGUGAGCUGGACUUCCUGGAGGUCAGAGUCGCGGUGGUGGGGAACGUGGACGCCGGCAAGAGCACUCUGCUGGGAGUGUUGACGCAUGGCGAGCUGGACAACGGCAGGGGAUUUGCCCGGCAGAAACUUUUCAGGCACAAACAUGAGAUGGAAAGCGGCAGGACCAGCAGCGUGGGCAACGACAUCCUGGGCUUCGACCAGGAGGGUCAGGUUGUGAACAAGCCCGACAGUCACGGAGGGAGCCUGGACUGGACCAAGAUCUGUGAGAAGUCCUCUAAGGUCAUUACCUUCAUAGACUUGGCUGGCCACGAGAAAUACCUCAAGACCACCGUGUUUGGGAUGACUGGACACCUUCCGGACUUCUGCAUGCUCAUGGUUGGCAGUAACGCUGGUAUUGUUGGGAUGACCAAAGAACAUCUUGGCCUGGCUUUAGCUCUGAACGUGCCAGUCUUCGUUGUGGUAACCAAAAUAGACAUGUGUCCGGCCAACAUCUUACAAGAGACCUUGAAGUUACUCCAGAGGUUACUCAAGUCUCCUGGCUGCAGGAAGAUUCCCGUCCUUGUACAGAACAAAGAUGAUGUGAUAGUCGCAGCUUCAAACUUCAGUUCAGAGAGGUACAGAGUCUCUAUGUGCAACUCGAAACUUAUAGUUAGAACUAAGCUGCUUAUGUGUAACCUGUGUGUGUAUAUGUGUGGAUUUCUGGCCAGGAUGUGCCCCAUCUUUCAGAUUUCCAACGUCACUGGGGAGAACAUGGACCUUCUAAAGAUGUUUCUCAACCUGCUCUCCUCCAGAACAUCGUACAGAGACGACCAGCCUGCUGAGUUUCAGAUAGAUGAUACCUACUCUGUUCCGGGAGUGGGAACUGUAGUUUCAGGAACUACCUUACGGGGGCUCAUACGUCUGAAUGACACCAUGCUACUGGGCCCAGAUCCUCUUGGAAGCUUCAUCCCCAUUGCUGUUAAAUCAAUCCACCGCAAACGAAUGCCUGUGAAGGAGGUCAGAGGCGGUCAGACUGCCUCGUUUGCUUUAAAAAAGAUCAAGCGUUCGUCUAUAAGAAAAGGCAUGGUGAUGGUGUCGCCAAAGUUAAACCCCCAGGCAACUUGGGAGUUUGAGGCUGAAAUCCUGGUUCUGCAUCAUCCCACAACGAUAUCCCCCAGAUACCAGGCAAUGGUCCACUGUGGGAGUAUACGACAGACCGCCACCAUCUUGUCCAUGAAUAGAGACUGCUUAAGGACAGGGGACAAGGCUUCAGUUCAUUUCCGCUUCAUCAAAACCCCAGAGUACCUUCACUGUGACCAGCGGCUGGUGUUCAGAGAGGGUCGCACCAAGGCUGUGGGAACCAUCACUAAGCUGUUGCACUCCACUAAUAACAUGCCAUCAAACUCCAAACCUCCACAAAUCAAAAUGCAGUCUACGAAAAAGGUGCCACUCAGAAAAGAGGACGGCACCAUGGCGACCAGCGACGAUGCAGCAACGAUAGCACAGCCGGCUGGCUCGAGCACGUCGCAGCCGGGGGAGGGAUAUGAUGACCCUCAAAUAAAAGAGGGCAACAAAGAGAACAAGCCAAAGUCCGGGGGAGGUGGAAGGAGAAGGGGUGGCCAAAGACACAAAGGAAAAGGCCAAAAUAGCAGCACCAACUCAAUGGCAGCGCCCUCCUCAACAGCAACAGGAAACAGCUGAAUUGUCGUCUUUAAUUUUAUUUUUUGUUGGAAACCUCCCUCUUUAACUUCACCAAGUGUCAUUCCACAGACCACUUAGACAUGUUUGGAGCGAGAUUGUCUUAAACCUUGCCUCUUCACACCAGUUCAUAUCUUUGUUUUUGUACUGAAAAAAAAAAAAAGAGAGAGAGAGAUUGCCUCAGUUACAUGUUUUAUUGUCAGCUGCCUUCACCGGUUGGAAAAGUUUUGUUUUUAAGAGAGCAGUAAGGUGUUAGAGGCCAGUCUGACUCGGGAUGAGGAGGUAUUGAAAUUUCAGGAAGUCAGUGGAGUCGGCGCUUUGGCUGGAGAAAGCAAAGGAGACCAGUUUCAGUAAGUGCAGCUAUAAUUUAAACUCCCUCCUGGAUUCUCUGUGUAUUUACAACAAAAUAUGUCGUCGUGCUAUUUAUACUGAAAAUGUAAAUUGUAAAAAAUUGGAAACCUGAGUUUGUACAAAUUGUAUGCGAAUUACAAAUGAAUGUAGCACAGGGCAAACGAUGAUCCAAAACUUAAGCUAGAAGAAAUAAGCUGUGGCAUUAAUUUAACCUCGUUAUUUAUUUGCUGCACACGCAGGUUUACCAUUGGAUGGUUGGACUAUAUUUAAUCUCACUCGCACCGUUAGAUUCAGUAGUAUCCGUCAUGCUUUAAACUGGUGGUAACCUUAUAUUAAUGGCAUUAAUACAAAGACAGCACAUUUCUCAAUAAAGCAGUUGCUAAUGAUUAUAAUGCUUUACCUGUAAAUCUAUUACUCCAUGCGUUAUGGCCCGUUGCUGCUUGUGACAAUUCCAGACAUUUUUCUGCAGAAAGAAACAAAUUAAAAAGAAAACUUUUCAGCA